AUGUUGCUAAGACUGGCGAGACUCACUGACGAUGUCGGCGAAAUGUUUGGGAAUGUACCACGUCCACAGACCGACUUUGGAAAUGAUGAUGCAUACAAUGGACUCCGAAUAAGCAUCAUUUUUUCCUCAUGUCCGUAUGAAACUACCGCUCUUUUGGCAGCUCCUUCCAAGCCGCUGGACCUGAAAUUGGUCUCAAAUACUGAAUCCGGUAUGGAGUUCAGCUGGUCCCCGCCAGAACACCAAAACGGCGAGAUCAGAGACUAUGAGCUGUCAAUGAUCCCGACCUCCGAGUCUUCAUUUGCUGCGCCGAUCACUGUCAAUGCUGCCUCUCUUCUCACAGCUACCGUGAAGGAAGCCUUAAUCGAAGUGACGCAAUAUUCAGUCACCGUGACUGCAACUACGAUGACUUUAGAGACCGGCAAAGGAGGUGGGAGAGGUCCACCAAGUGACACUAUCACGGUGAUGAGUCUACCAGGACAACCUUCUGCACCGCUUGCCUUCUCCUACGCCAAACCGACCGCCAACUCAGUCACAAUGAACUGGAUCAAGCCGGCAAACAUAAGAGGCACUCUUGCCGGCUACACUUUGUCCAUUGAAGCGACUGAAGACGCCUACGGAGUUAAGCUGCCCAAAAAGAAAGAGAUUGUAGUCAAAGUGGAGGCUGACACGAGCGAAUACAUGCCAACCGGACUG